UACUGUAACCUGCAAGCUAUCUCUGUUGGAUCCGAUAGCAACCUCAAACUCGAAUACAGAAACACUUGGGUGUUGGGUGGACUCAUUUGGAUCGAUGCUGGCUUGAGUUUGCAACUACUCUAUAAACUAGAGACGCUGCCGGGUUCGAUCAAGAAUGAGCAUCUCCUCGGCCACUCACUUGUCAGUUCUCUCAAAUCUCCCUCUCCACAUUAGCAGCUCCCACAAUACUUACACAUCUUCCACUCAUAAAUAUACACACUCAUCCAAGUUGAGAAACUCAAGAAUCUAUUGCACCAAUGACUCUCAAGACCAACAGCAACAAUUAAAUCUCUCUGUUCUUCGCUUCACACUAGGGAUUCCUGGAUUGGAUGAAUCAAACUUGCCCAAAUGGAUUGGAUAUGCUUUUGGUUCACUUCUAAUGUUGAACCAUUUUGUGGGUUCUGACUCAAAUUACAUCACGCCUUCCCAGCUUAGAACUGAAGCUUUGGGGAUUUCAUUGGCUGCUUUUUCGGUUUUUGUGCCUUUUCUUGGCAAAUUUUUGAAGGGUGCUUCUCAAGUGGAUGAAGCAAUUCUUCCUGAUGGUUCUGAGCAAGUCUUUUUAAUGUCACGAGAUAUUUCAGAUAGCAUAAAGGAAGAUUUGGCUUGGGGAACAUAUAUUCUAUUGCGCAAUACAAACACUGUAUCAGUGCUUAUCUCAGUUCAAGGUGCAUUCUGUGUGCGUGGCUACUGGAAUACACCUGAAAAUAUCCCGAAAAGUAAUGCACUUGAUUGGUUUGAGAAACAAAUUGAACAAUUUGGUCUCUCUAAUUUGAAGGAUACUCUUUAUUUUCCGCAGAGCACAGACUCUGAACUGUGGAAGAUUCUCCCAGCUGGGACUCGCUCUCUUCUGGUGCAACCUGUGCUCUUUGAGGAGCAGUCUAAGGGUUUUCUUCUGGUUGCUUCAAGCAUCAGUUUUGCUUAUAACGACAGAGACAGAUUAUGGAUAGGAGCCAUUGCUGAUAAAUAUAAAGGUUACUGAAGAUUCUUCGGUUGUCCUUGUUACGAUAUAUUAUGCUUUAUACAUAAUAUUGUGUAUGGUGGAUACUAGUAAUUUUGUCUAUUUGUGGAAAUAAAAACGGAAGUAGCUGAUCACAUGAACACACUUCUUGAUCAAUUCUUAAUCGGGAUUGCAAUAAAUUCUGUCCAACUCAUCUUGGCAGCGAGCUGUCUACGCCUUCUUGGAGACAGGAACAAGUCCGUUGUCUGGUUUUUGCAAACCUCGGAUCUCUAGCCACUUAUACUAUAAAAGAAGCAGAAAAAAAGAUCAGCAAAUCGGCCAGUAAGUACACAAAUGUGGAGUAAGGGUAACACAUGAAUAUUGGUUUUGCAAGAUAUAAACCAGGCAUCAGCCUUAAGCUUUCUAACAGUGCGCGUCAUCAAUGAAUGAGCUAACAGCAGAGAUCAAACUGCUUGAAGUUGCUAGGGAGGUUGCAUCCUUGUCAUUCAACUUCAAUCAGUUUGACAUUAUUUGAAGCGGACCCUUGUUCUUAGAGAGAUCAAUGAUUCUGUAGUUAAGUAUAUAACCGAACCGGAAGUUUCCAAGAAGCAUCCAUGUAGAGUGUUUGCUCCUACAACGGGUGUUGGUGAAAAGGAUUCGCCAACAGAGUUGUGCUGAUUAUAAUGAUCUCCUGAUUUUUUUUGAUAAAUGAUGAUAAAUUUUUCUUGUGAACAGAAUUAACAUUACUACUUUAGAUUUUUGAA